AACCAAGUACUUACCUCUCCUGUUUCUAAAGAUUAAAUCUCUGUAGUCUCUGCAUUAUAAGAUCCUUUUUUUUUUUCUUCGGACUUAAACAUUGGAUAAAAAACUGUUAUGGAGAAGAAUACAAAGGUGACGCUUUCCAAUGAUGCUGAAGAUGAUAACGUUCAUCAGCAUCACACUAAUAAAGAGCAGGAUAGCAUAAUCCUAAACCCUAACUUUGAGGACGGCCUCAAAAAUUGGAAUGGAAGAGGGUGCAAGGCUGUCUUGCACGAGUCAAUGGAUGGAGGUAAAAUCGUACCGCUCUCUGGACACGUUUUUGCAGCAGCAACCGAACGUAAAGCCGCAUGGAACGGGAUUCAACAGGAGAUUUCAGGAAGAUUCCAAAGGAAGCGUGUCUACGAAGUAACAUCAGUCGUCCGAAUAUUUGGCAACAAUGCCACGAGUGCAACUGUACAAGCGACUCUUUGGGUCUUAAACGCAAACCAACGCGAACAAUACAUAGCCAUUGCUAAUGUGCAGGCGGGUAAUAAUGAUUGGGUAGAGUUGAAGGGCAAAUUCUUAAUACAUGGUUCACCAUCAAGGGUAAUACUAUACCUUGAAGGUCCACCUCCAGGAACCGACAUUCUUGUAAACACUUUAGAUGUCAAACAUGCUCGGCGGAACCGUCCAUCUCCUCCACCAUUCUACGAGAAUCCCGGUUUUGGAAUCAACAUAGUUGAAAACAGUGAAGUAGGAGAUGGGGAAACUCAACCAUGGUUCACUCUAGGAAACUGCAAGUUGAGUGUUGGACAAGGCGCUCCUCGCACUUUGCCGCCAAUGGCUAGAGAAACACUUGGUUCUCACAAACCUCUUGGCGGAAGCUACAUCCUUGUGACCAAUAGAUCUCAGACUUGGAUGGGUCCGGCUCAAAUGAUAGCAGAUAAAAUCAAACUAUUCUUGACAUAUCAAAUCUCAGCAUGGGUGAAGCUUAGCGUGGGAGCUAGUAGUGGUAUAAGUCCUCAAAAUGUGAACAUUGCACUCAGCGUCGACAACCAAUGGGUGAAUGGAGGACAAGUCGAGGUUAGCGUUGGUGAAACAUGGCAUGAACUCGGAGGAUCCUUUAGGCUCGAGAAGCAACCCCAAAACGUCAUGGUUUAUGUUCAAGGUCCUGCAGCUGGCAUCAAUCUGAUGAUUGCGGGACUGCAAAUAUUUCCUGUGGACCGUCGGGAACGUAUCAGAUGUCUCAAAAAACAAGUUGACGAGGUACGUAAGCGCGACAUUAUCUUGAAAUUCUCAGGACUUGAUGAAUCCUGCGAUUUGUUUCCUUACAUAGUGAAAGUGAAACAAACGCACAACAGUUUCCCGGUAGGAACGUGCAUUAAUAGAACAGACAUAGACAACGAAGACUUUGUUGACUUCUUCACAAAGAACUUUAACUGGGCAGUGUUCGGAAACGAGCUGAAGUGGUACUGGACAGAGGCCGAACGUGGAAAGCUCAAUUACCAAGACGCAGACGAUAUGUUGGAUCUUUGUAUCGGCAAUAACAUUAACGUUAGGGGACACUGCAUUUUCUGGGAAGUUGAGUCCACGGUUCAGCCGUGGGUUCGUCAGCUGAACAAAACAGAGCUCAUGAACGCGGUCCAGAAGCGUCUCACAGAUAUCUUAACCCGAUACAAAGGUAAAUUCAAGCACUACGACGUCAACAACGAGAUGCUUCAUGGUUCUUUCUAUCAAGAUAGGCUUGGCAAAGGUGUCAGAGCUUUGAUGUUCAACAUUGCACACAAGCUUGAUCCAUCUGCUUUGCUCUUUGUGAAUGAUUAUCAUGUCGAGGAUGGUGAUGACACACGUUCGUCCCCGGAGAAGUAUAGCAGACUUAUUCUUGAAUUGGAAGCGCAAGGAGCAGCCAUAGGAGGGAUUGGGAUCCAAGGACACAUAGAUAGUCCUGUUGGAGCCAUUGUUUGCUCUGCUCUUGAUAAUCUCUCUGUUCUUGGCCAUCCAAUCUGGUUCACAGAGCUUGAUGUGUCUUCCAGAAAUGAGUUCGUUAGAGGAGAGGAUCUUGAAGUCAUGUUGUGGGAAGCAUUUGCUCACCCUGCCGUUGAAGGAAUAAUUUUAUGGGGAUUUUGGGAACUAUCUAUGAGUAGGGAGAAUUCAAAUUUAGUGGAGGGAGAAGGAGAAGUAAACGAAGCCGGUAAAAGAUUUUUGGAUGUGAAACAAGAAUGGUUAUCUCAUGCCUAUGGGAUCAUCAAUAAUGAAUCAGAGUUCAUAUUCAGAGGUUAUCAUGGGACUUACGCCGUCGAAGUUUGUACUCCGGCUGGGAUUGUUCUCAAAACGUUUGUCGUCGAAAAGGGAGAAUCUCCACUUUUUCUCUCGAUUGAUCUAUCAUACUUGUGAUUUGUGUUUCUUUUCUACUGUUUGUCAUAUAUAUGGGUGGGGGUUUGUUCUUCGUGAACCAUGUAACAUAUGUUAAAAAAAAGUUGUUAUUGUUUUUGAUUA